GAAACACUCAUCAAGAAGUCCCAACGGUCGAAAAUGCUUUUAAUUAAAAACAUAAGCACUUACAUCAGCUAAAACUGACGUUACUUUUUUCGAAAAUAUACAAAAAUCUCUGUAUAUUACUAUUUCUUCUUCACGCCUCCAUUUUCACAUUCUCAACACCUCUUUCCAAAUCUCAAUCACCAUCAUAACACUUAUCAAUAUCCAAAACCCCAUUACACAAUUCCAUUUUUUUUUCUUUUCUUUCUUUGAUUCUUAUUGAUUUUUCUCUUUCAUUUUUUGCAGAUGGACCCAGAAAACAUCGAUUGGAACAGCAUCGAAUCCGAGUUCGUUGAAGAUGGAACUUACGAGAACAUCAAAGCUCCCAAAUGGGUUGACUUGUCUGCUCCAGAUGAGCUUGUGGAAGAAGACGAUGAAGCUUGGUUCUGCAAUUCGAAUUGUAAGCAUCCCAAGACUGUUGAAGAUUUUUUUAAACCCACACAAAAUUCCAAGGUCAAGCUAUUAAGGUCUUUAUCUGUUUCUGAAGUUCUUUCAUUUAGAGCUACAAAUCAAAGAGAUGUUAUGAGAACAAAAUCCCAGAAAACAAAACCCUUCAAUUUUCCGGGAAAGUUUGAAGAAAACAGGGAAAACAAUAAUCCAAACACUUCACAUUAUCAGCCAUUUGGAAAAUCAAAUGUGAAAUCUAAAGGAAUUCCUGGGCUGAAAAGUACAUUUUCGAGACGUGAUUUGUUUGGAGGAAGAGAUAUAGUGAAUCAGAUCACAGAGUUGUGUUCGGAGAUUAAGAAAUUUGGUAGAAAAGGUUUGAAGAAGAAAGGUGGAGUUUUGGAUGAACUGAAACAGAGAGUUAGAGACAGAGAUAGAGAGACAAAGCCUUUGAUUGUUAGAGAAGAUUAUGAUGAAAUAUGAUGAUGAUGAUGAUGACUUAAUGAGUUAAUAAUGAUUUUGAUUUUGAUCAUGUAAAUAAUUACUCCACACGUUAUAUUUGUGUAUAAAUAAAUUUGAAAUGGGAAUUAAAAGUGAAAAUUUCUUAG